UUCCAGGGGUUGUUUCCUUGAAAAAGGAGCCUUGGUUGGCUGAACCGGAUCACUCGGUGGACCGGGACCUUUGAGGCACGGUGUCUGGGUUGUAGAGACCGGCUCUUUUGGCGACGUGCUUCAGCCAAGGCUGUGGUGUUCGGGGCGCAGUGAUGUCGGUCGCUGUCCUCCUGGUGGCGGCCAUGGGGGUCGCUUUCGUGGUCUUUCUGCUGCUGCUCUACUUAGUGUCCCCGCUCAACCUCCCCAAACCAAUGUCGUUGUCCGGGGCUCACGUUGUGGUAACUGGUGGUUCCAGUGGCAUUGGGAAAAGCAUUGCUAUUGAAUGCUUCAAGCAGGGUGCUUUCGUAACAGUAAUUGCAAGAAACGAGAAACGUCUCUUGGAGGCCAAGAAAGAAAUUGAGACAUUUUCAGUUAAUGAUAAGCAGGUUGUAUGUUCUAUUUCUCUUGAUGUUUCUAAAGGUUAUGCAAAUGUGGAGAAGUCGCUUAAACAAGCUCAAGAAAGGUUGGGUCCUGUUGACAUGCUUGUUAAUUGUGCUGGAACAUCAAUAACUGGAAGGUUUGAAGAAAUCGAUAUCUGUAGGUUUGAGCAAUUAAUGGCUAUCAACUAUCUGGGUAGUGUUUACCCAACUCGUGUAGUGGUUGGUAAAAUGAAGGAGAGAAGAAUGGGGAGGAUUGUGUUUGUCUCAUCUCAGGCUGGACAAGUUGGUGUUUAUGGAUAUUCAGCUUAUUCUGCAACAAAAUAUGCUCUUAGAGGAUUAGCUGAAUCUUUACUUAUGGAGCUAAAGCCAUAUAAUAUAUAUGUGACCAUUGCCUAUCCUCCAGAUACAGACACACCUGGCUUUGCAGAAGAAUGUCAGAACAAGGUGUUAGAAACCAAGCUUAUUUCAGAAGCGUCAUCAAUCUGCCAACCUGACUAUGUUGCCAAAAUUAUUGUUAAGGAUGCUGUUCAAGGAAAAUUUACUAGUUCUGCUGGUGCUAUUGGUCACAUGCUGACAAUAUUGACUAGUGGAAUGGCCCCAGUUUCUUCCUUUGUUGAACUCCUAGAGUCGGUUAUGCUCAUAGGCAUUUUUCGCUUGGCCAGUCUGUUUUUUACAGCAGGUUUUGACAGCAUUGUUCGUCGUUGCAUGAUAGAAAAAGAGAAAUCUGAAAAGACAGACUGAAGUAGAAUCAUGCUUUGAACUGAAUCCUGAUGAAAAAGGCGGACAAUUUGUAGUUAAAUAGGACCACAGUUGUAUGGUCUGACUAUGCCUCACAGAGAUAUAUGCUGAAGUGAUGGUAAUCUUCAGUGGUGAAAGAAGGAGAUAAAUGAAUCAUUCCAGGAAAAGUGCUAAUGAAGAAGACUGCUGUUUUUAUUUUCUGUUAUUUGAAAUAAUAGAUGUUGCCUCAGAAAUGAAUUUAUGAAAGAGUAAAACUUCGGUGUGCUCUUUUUUGCUGGUAAUUCUGCACAAAUACAUCGUUUUAGCAUUGAACAAAUCCUUUAGCAAGGUUUUGUUCGAUGGUAAAUUUAAUCCAGAACUAGUAAACAACUAGGUUUCUUUCAGUUAUCAAGGACUACAAUUCUCACAGAUGAUUGCCAUUAUCGGCCGUUGCCCCUCCCUUCCCCAUCCCCUCAAAGCCUUGGAGAAUGUAAGAUUGCCUGACCAAAUCAAAGAUACAGUUAACAUGUUUCUGUGAU